AUGACAGGCAAGUACUGCCGCGAGUCCACCCACCACAAAAAGGACGUGUUCAAGCGACUAGUGGAAUCAGACAAGGACAAAGAGAAAGACACAGCGCCGACGGCAUCGAUGUUUUUGUAUUUCUGGGACUUUGAAGAGGAAGGUGGAGAAGAAGAAGACGGAGGAUGGUGGUUUGGCACUCAAGUUGGCGGCGAGCAGGUGUUGCUGCAGAAUCGGUCCACAGCCGACUUCCCGCCCCCGGACCAUUGGAUUGUUGUGGCCACUGGAAACGAGGACGCGGACCUAAAGGUGACCAAAGCUAAGCCCCCGCCAAAGCCGCCUGGAGCAGCACCUACCAAGGCAGCAGCUGCAAGGGCACUGGCAGGGGCCAGCCCUUCGAAAGCACCGCCGAUGAGGCCGACAGCCCAACCUCCGCCGGAUCUCGGACUGGAGGAGCUGAGUUCUGAGCACGCGGAGCUGAAGCGAUGGCUGUCAGGCCUCGACGGCCACAAAGGCGCCCUGCUGACCUACUUCGAUGUCUUGGUCAACGAGUUCGACGGGGAUCUCUCGAUCCUCAAGAACGUCAAGACCGAACCACCGGAAGGGAGUCAAAAUCGUGGCCUCUUCUCGUUCAUUAUUGACGAUUUCUGGACGACCAUCAACGUCAGAACGAUGGGCCACAAGACUCUUCUUGCGAAAGGGAUCAAAGAGCUGACAUGA